CAGCACCUAGGCGCCCUAGGCCGCUCUCGGGGGCCUUCUGACUUCGAGUCGAGCGAGGCCGGACCAUCGUCGAGGGCACCAGGUGGGAUCCAGGGUGAAGGACGUGGGAGGACCCAGGAAGAAGACCCGGGUCUAGGUGCGCGGAUCCUGGUCGUGGGCCAGACCUCCAAGGAAGCGGCCACGUGUGUUCCGGCACCAGGAUCGUCGGUGGAAGUCGACGUGGAGGACGGAGACGUCGAUGAACCCUCUAGGGAUCUAGAGACCGGGAUCAUCCCAGGACCCUAACGAGAAACCCUGGACCGUGGUCUCUAUCGAGGUGGGACAUAAGUCGGGAGUUCACCGGUGGAAGUCCUGAGACCAGCGGUUCGACGAAGGAGUCGGGUCAGUGGACGUCAGGACGGUGACAGUGGACCAGAGUGCGGUCGGGGGGUCGGCCCGAGGGGUGCGCCGGCGAUCAGCUGAUUUUGACAGAUCGAUGGUGGCCACGCCGGUCGGCAGGGUUGGGACGUGGUCGCCGCGGAUGGCGACUAACGUUGGUCGGAUGCGACCCGGCACCGGGUGAUCGGGAGGAUAAUAGCUGUCGCGGGUGUGACGUGCUCGCCGUGGAUGAGAAGUCGCGAUCGAGAGGACGCAUCGGGUGGUUCGUCGCGGUGGAGGACACCGUGGGUGGAACGUCGUUGAGGGUCCUUUGGCGAGGUUUUUGAGAUCGGGUGGCUCCAUGCCGGGCUCCCCCAAAGGGGUCGCGUGAGCGCGGGGCCUGGGACAUGACUGGCGGCUGAUCCUUCGGGACCCUCUCCAGGAAGCGGCGGGAUCUCGGGGGGCAUCCCCGAGAGGCGUCGUCCAGAGCGGCCGCGUUGGAUCUCGCGGCGGUUGGGACGUGCAGGGACGUAGCGGGUCCCAGGGUCGCGGUGGCGGGUACCGGGGUGCUCGCCCUGCCAGGCGUCAUCCCCAGGGAGUCCGGCCUGGGGACCCCCCCGAGAGGCCAGGUCGGGGACGAGGUCGCAGGCCUGGCGGGUCUCGACGGCGACGCGGUGCGCCGGUGGGUCGCGGAAGCCGCGCGGACCGUCCGCCAAAUUCCGCCUCCGGUGGUGGUGCCGUCCAGCUCCGGGCACCGGCACCAGGCCCAGCAUCGGCAGCACCAUCAUCGACGGCAGCCCCAGCAGCAGCACCAGCUGCAUCAGCCGCCCCAGCGGGUCCAGGAGCCGCUCCGUGCCGUCCUUGCCCAACACCUCACGGAACCCAACCCGGGUCCUGCCUUCGCCCUGCCCUCCAUGACGCAGACUCCCAUCAUGCAUCUGUCGGAGAACAACAACCUGGCAGAGGCCAUGGCCCAGCAGCAGCAGCAGCAGCUCCAGCACCAGGCCCAACAGGCCCAUCCCCAUCAGAAGCGGAAGCAGACCAGCCCCACCAACAACAACACCAUCGAGGCUUGGAGAUCCAUGCAGGGCCAUCAGUGGUGGAGUCCCCUGGGACCCGUCCACCAGGACCAGACUCAGAUGGCCCAGGCCCAAAGUCUCGUCCCCGGCAAUCCUUGCCAACCCCAGAGAAUUGGCCCUCAGCAUUGCACCGACGUGGACCAACCCCUCGACUUCUCCGUUGGCUCUCUUCAGCAGCACAGACUCCACGCCAAGUUCAGGAACUCCCAGGACAGGAUCAGGGGCAGGCUCGGGGAUAACAACAACGGGACUGGGACUCUUCAGAAGAUCAGGAUCGGGGGAAGACCCCGGAGUUACAGCCCCAGCGAGGCCAGCACCUCCGGGAGCGACGACGAGGGAGUGUCCACUGGGGGUAGCCCUGCUGCACCCCUACGAGCUCCGGAAAACGGGAAAGUAUGGAUGGGGGACGGCGAAGUCGCGUGGAGGACGGAAGGGAGUUUCCGGAGAAACUCACCCUUAGCUCCAUGCGCGGCGACGACGACGGCGAGCUUGACGACGACGACGACAACGACGUCGUCGACGGGGGGAGGCGCCCCUGCCCAGCCCCAUAUGUCACCCCCUAUCGCCGCCCCCGUAACGACCCCCGAUCACAGGAGCUCGUCCACCCUCCACGCGAAACUCGGCAUCUCACCUGCGAGCGACGCCCUGGGUCGGGUCGACAAGGAGCCAGCAUCCCCAGAGUCCAUGCAAGAUGCCGACCUCCAUGGAGACGUCGACGGUCCCGAGCUCAGCGGGGACGAACGGAGCAUCGCCAGCGACAUGCAGGAUGCCAACGAGGCGAACCUGGACCACGACUCCAUGGACUCGGACAGGGAGGCGCUCAACCUGGUCACGGACGUUUCGCAGCGCAACAGCAGCAGCGGGACCAGCGGAAGCGCGUCGUCGCCAGGGUCCGGGACGAGCAGUCAGCUGACCGGGAGCCACCCUGGGAACACCGGGACCUCCCAAGCCGCCCUGGCUGCCCAGCUCGUCGGCCAGCAGCUACUUAUGCACGGCUCCCUCGGGACCCUCAGCCCUCAGGAGAUCCAGGCCCUCGCCUCGACGCUGCAGCAGCAACAGCAGUCCCUGCAGCAGCAACUCCAGCAGUUCGCCAUGUUCCAGCAGGCCAACCCCGCUGCAGCAGGGCAGCUUCCCGCGCAGGCGCAGUUCUUCCUGCAGAACCAGGGGCUGUUGCAGAGCGGUGGCUACCCCCAGAGACCGAGUCAUCCGCGCUCCCAGUCCAUGCAGGUGCAGCAGGCGGUCGCCCAGGCAGCCCAGCAGUUGCAAGCCCUCCAAAAGCAGCAAGCUCUUCAGGGUGGAGGAGGCCUCGUGGGGAGGACCUUGUCGCAGCAGAGAUCACCUCCACCCCCCGGCACCCCACCCGCGGUGAAACCACCCCCCGCGAGGCUGGAACCUUCGCCCGAGGAGACGACCGACCUCGAAGAGCUCGAACAGUUCGCGAAAACCUUCAAGCAACGCAGAAUCAAGCUCGGCUUCACCCAGGGCGACGUUGGCCUCGCCAUGGGGAAGCUUUAUGGAAACGACUUUUCCCAGACUACCAUAUCGAGGUUCGAGGCCCUUAACCUCUCCUUCAAGAACAUGUGCAAGCUGAAGCCGCUGCUGCAGAAGUGGCUGGAGGAUGCGGAUAAUUCCCUAAAUAACCCUAACUCUCUGUCGAACCCUUUGACCACGCCGGAAGCGAUCGGCAGGAGGCGGAAGAAGAGGACGUCGAUAGAGACCAGCGUCAGGGUGGCGUUGGAAAAGUCCUUCGUCCAGAAUCCGAAGCCCACCUCGGAGGAGAUCACCAUCCUCGCGGAUAGCCUCGCGAUGGAGAAGGAGGUCGUCAGAGUCUGGUUCUGCAACAGACGACAGAAGGAGAAGCGAAUCAACCCGCCCACGGCAGCAAUGGGGAGUCCGACAAUGGCAUCUCCGGCACCCUCGGUCUUCGCCUCGUUGGCCAGCUCCAUGUCAGGAAGUCCCCUGGCCCUGACGACGCACUCUUCAGGGAUGCAUUCCCAUUCGCACCCGACCCCCCUGGGCUCCCCUCUGCCCCUGGCCCUGGUGGCCUCAGCGGGGGGCAAUUACCACCCCCUCAGCGGGAAGUCCAACGAGUGACACCAGCCCGCGACCCAGCAGGGUGACGCUCUCUACCAUCAUCAACACCACCAACGUCAUCACCAUCAGCGACGACUGUGCAAUCUAUCCGAGUACUACCACUGAGCCAACCGAGUCUUCCGGGUCGCGGGUCCAGGGCGAGGAGAGAUCGGGCUUAGCCAUGUAGCAGGGCCUCCACCGGAGGAUCCAUUCCCGAAGACCAUCCAGGACUCUUCGGCGCCAUGAAGUCCCGAGAUUUGUCGGUCCAUCUACGUAGAACUUAAACCCAGGGAUGGAUUUCUCGACGGGGGUGGGAAGCAGGUGAAGGAGACCCGGACGAUCCCUGGUACCUGGUGACGUGGACCCAGCAUCUUCAGAGUUUGGUAUGACGCCAAACGCUGAGGGUCUGUCCACGUUGUCCGUAGAAUUUAAAUCGAGGCUGGGAUGAAUUACUCGACCGGGACCACGGGGGUGGAAACCAGGUGAAGACGACCCGGACGAUCCCUGGUACCUGGUGACGUGGACCCAGCAUCUUCAGAGUUUGGUAUGACGCCAAACGCUGAGGGUCUGUCCAUGUUGUCCGUAGAAUUUAAAUCGA